AUGGUUAUCUCUUGCUGGGCGGUGAGCGGUCUCGGGAGUGAGAUCCUGGCGGAGAGAGGAGAGGGCGAGAGCACGGCUGUGAGGCAAUCGUUCUUCUCCGAGAGGGAGGGAGGGAAAUUCGGGAGAAGUGAGGAGGCCGGAGAGGUGAUAGAAAACCUGAGGGGAAAAGGGAUUAGAGACUGCGUGGGAGGUAGAGGUGGCAAAAGAGGCAAAGGCCGCGGUGUUGGAGGAGGCUAUAAGAGAGGUGGUGGUGGCGGGAUCGGCGGCGGAGUGGGCGGAGGUAUUGGCAAAGGUGGCGGCUUCGGCGGUGGGGUUGGUGGAGGCAUUGGUGGGGGCGGCGGAGUUGGCGCAGGCGGUGGCGGGGGUGGCGGCGUAGGAGGUGGAAUUGGCGGGGGUGGCGGCGUAGGCGGAAUUGGUGGCGGGGUUGGCAAAGGCGGUGGCUAUGGUGGUGGCGGUGUAGGAGGUGGAAUUGGCGGGGGUGGUGGCGUAGGAGGAGGAGGCGGAAUUGGUGGCGGGGUUGGCAAAGGCGGUGGCUAUGGUGGUGGCGGUGUAGGAAGUGGAAUUGGCGGGGGUGGUGGCGUUGGAGGUGGAAUUGGCGGGGGUGGUGGCUGGAGGUGGAAUUGGCGGGGGUGGUGGCGUUGGAGGUGGAAUUGGCGGGGUGGCGGUGUAGGAGGCGAAUUGGCGGGGGUGGUGGCGUUGGAGGUGGAAUUGGCGGGGGUGGCGGUGUAG